AUAAAUAGCGGAGGGGGAGCGGUCUUGGGCUCACAGGCGCUGCAGCCCCCCACUCCAUUGCAUCCCCUACUCCGUGAGCGCACCGGGGCCAUGCAGUGAGGAAUCCCAGCUGUGAACAUCCAUUCCCUAGAGCAGCCUGCGGACAGCUCCCUGCCCCACUGCCAGCCAGGACUGAACCCGCGCACUGAAUAACAGACCAGCGCACCCCAACUCAAGAUGAGGAGGUGGACUAGUCUCCUGUUGCUCUCUUUAAUCCUUUGCGCCACCCUCUCGGAGACAUUUGGACUCGUUUUAUCAGCAAAAGAAAAACGGGGCUGGACUUUGAAUAGUGCUGGUUACCUACUUGGGCCACAUGCAAUAGAUAAUCACAGAUCUUUUAAUGACAAACAUGGCCUAGCUGGUAAACGUGAGAUACAGCCUGAAGAGGACAUAAAAAUAGGAAAUCUUGGGAGACCAGUGGUUGAUGACAAUGUUGUUCGCACAAUAAUUGAAUUUUUGACUUACUUGCAUCUUAAAGAGGCAGGGGCACUAGAUAAUCUACUUUCAUCAGAAGAAACAAAUCAGUCCUGAAAAAUAAUGUAUUUAUACUUUGUUGUAUUGUAAAUUUAAGACUGAACUCUAAACAGAGCUUUAAAUGGACAGAAGAUGGUGACUAUUGUUUACAUUACUCUUAUACACAGUUACACAUGGUAAACUACUUUCUGCCCUUUUUGUUUGUUUUUUUUCUGUGAUGUUACAAUGUAAGAUUUUUGCCUUGAUAAAAAAAUUUCUUUAGGUAAGUGGUAAAAU